AUGAAAAAGAUCGAAUGGCAAAAGGGAAGAAAGCAAGUCUUAAAUAGGUCGAACGACCGAGAGGGGAUCACAAUAAUAUCAUCGCCCCACCCCAACCCCAAUCCCCCAAAAAAAUCAAAAAUCAAACAUCUUCAAUAUCUCUCCUUCCUCAUCUAUCGCCUUUUUCAACCAUCUCAUCGAUUAAUUUACUCAAUUACAGGGGAUUGUAACAGAUGGAAUCCACAAAAGAAACAGGAUGCCAGGCUCCAGAGGGCCCAAUCCUCUGCAUCAACAACUCUUCAUCUUUUGACAAACAUCGUCAAUGGCGGUGGUGGGAACGAUACCACCGGAAAAGACGCAGUGGCUGUGGCUACCGACGCCAUGAAAGCCGCCACCGCCCAGUCAGCAGCUCCGGUGGAGUUAAACGUGGUCCCCAUGAAAGCACAAGCAGACUCUUCUUCUUCUUCAAGUGAAGUAGUCCCGGAGGUGAAAGUGGGUCCCAGUAGAUGCGCCACGUGUCGGAAGCGUGUUGGUCUGACAGGAUUCAACUGCAAAUGUGGUAAUUUGUUUUGUUCUGCUCAUCGUUACUCUGAUAAACAUGAAUGUCCUUUUGAUUACCGGGGUGCGGGUCGUGAUGCAAUUGCAAAGGCGAAUCCUGUUGUGAAAGCUGAGAAGCUUGAUAAGAUAUGA